CACUCGUGAAUAAUUUUAUUUUCCCAGAUGAGAGCUGGAAACUGGAAAAUCCAGCUCUGGCCUAUAACAGCUUCAGAUUUAACUGUCUACUUUCCUUUCUUCUCGUCUGAUUUGGUUUUGUUCAAGCUGUCUUUCUUGUUAUAACACUCGUCGCAUCCCACAGAGACCAUAGAACAUAGAGAUUCCAGAUCGUACCUAACCUACUCCCAGUUGCAAAAUGUUCCGUCGUUCUUAUGCCACUCUUGCUUCAAACUUGAAAGUCACUGCAACUGAUUCUGAAGGCCCAUUAUCACACUUGGUCGUCAAAAUCAAUGCAGGCUCAAGAUACGCUCCAAAAGAUGGGGUCUCUCACUUGCUUUCUAGAUUCAACUUUCAAAACAAUUCAAAAAAAUCAGCCUUGAGAUUCGUCAGAGAGUCUGAACUUAUAGGUGCAACUUUCAAUUCCACACUAACCAGAGACUCUAUCAUCUUGUCCUCCACUUUCAAGAAAUCGGAUUUGCCAUACUUGGUCAACCAAUUUGCCGACACCCUUCAUUCAACCUCUUUCAAACCACACGAAUACGAUGAAGUCGUCUUGCCAACUGCGUUGAACGACAACUACGUUGCAAACAAAUCCUCAAUUUUCCAGGCUGUAGAGUCUCUAUUCCAAAUUUCCUAUAAAAACGGUUUGAACAAGCCCUUAUACUACGACCAAGUCGAUCCAGUCUCAAUUGACGAUAUCCAGGCCUUUUCUAAAUCAGCUUACACCCAAUCAAAUAUCGAAAUCCUCGGCUCCAAUAUCAACAAAGACGACUUGCUAAAAUUCAUUCAAAGUUCUGCCUUCUCUGAACUACCAAAGGGUGAAAAGCUAGUCGAUACUGUUACCUUCAACAACAACUCGUUAUACCAAUCCAAAAUCAGAUCCAAAAACUCAGACCAAGUCAUCUCAAUUGGUAUUCCCGUCACCCCUAAUGAGUUCCCAGCCUACCAAACUUUGUCAACCUACUUGAACUUCAACUACAAAAGCACUCUAUCAACGUUGUACAAAUUCCACGACACCGGCUUAUUCACUUUGAUCGCCAAGGACACCGAUCCAGCUUCUCUUUCAAAAGAUUUCAAAUCGUUGCUUGCUGAUUUGAAAUCAGGCAUCGACUUAUCUCCAUUCGCCAACCUAGCCAAAUUGGACCUUGCCUUGAGUGCCGAAACCAACCCUUCUGAUUCCUUUACAAUCUCCAGUGCUGGUGAAAUCUCGACCUUCAGCUUGCCUGCUAAUUUCAACUACGUCACUGUUGGCAGAACCUCCUCCUUGCCCAGCGUUGAUGAUUUGGUCAACUAGCUCUAAUUUCAUGUUUUAUAUCUCUAAUACAAUUUAACACUCCACAUCUAUAUUUAUAUAUUCCUCUUCUUUCUUUUAAUUAGCGGCAACAAGUGUGCGCAACAAGCCCACGCAACUUAUUUUCACAACUUAGCAUCGCAACUUACUACCCCACAGUAGCGCUGACUAAGCACCACACGCGUCUUACGUAAUAUCCCUCUGUCCUUGCAACACCACGCAGCCCACCGCUUGCCCG